GGAGGUGCCGGUGGCGGUGGCGGGAGCGGUAAUGGACCCGGCAAUGGCAGUCUGAACUCUAGCAUUUGUAACUCGGUGCUGACAAAUGCAACCACAGCUAGCAACAGUCUCAGCCAGCAGCAGCAGCAGCUUCAGGCCAAGUAUAUCAAGUCCAAACGCCAUCAGAGUCGUUAUACCAAUCUACAGCAUUCUGGUCACGAUUCCAGCAGCUAUCUGCAUCUUAAUUCGCUCUGGUCUAUAUGGUAUGGUGUACUACUGACACUUUUCCAAGGCUAUUUAGCCAUGCAUGGCGCCUACAGGUUCCUCGGCUGCUCGUUAAUACCCUGGAAAAUUGAGCCCGUUGCUGAGCUUAAUCUGCAGAUUGUUCUCUCCGGGGUGGUGUUUAUUCUGCUGCCCGUAUUCUUUACAUCGGCGGUAUUUAAGGUUGGAAACUUGGCAAACGAUGGCAUCAAAUUGGCAACUGGCGCCAAGGAGCGUCGCUGCACGCUGGCGCCGCAUGAUGGCCUCGAGGAGGAGGCACGAGGUGGAACUUUGCGCGCCCUCUGGACGCAUGGAGGACCUACGGCAGCCUUUGUGCACAUCCUUAUAGCAUUGUGUUUGCUGCUGCCGCGACUUUUGCUGGAGGCGCGCAUCAUCGAGAAUGGACUGUUGCCCAAAGAGCAAGUUUGGGCAACCGAAUUGGACUUUGUUGUUAUCAAUAGACGCAAUUUGAUGGCCAUGUCGGUAGUGGUGCCGACGCCGCCCUAUCAAAAUCAGCAGCAGCAGCAGAGGUUGAACGUAAGCGUAAACAGCUUGGAGCACGAUGAGGACGACUACUACAACGAUACGAUGUUCACGGCAAUACGGAGGAGCAGCAGCGGCGGCGGCGGCAUCAAUAAUAAUUUGUUCGAACUGACACGUGAUAAGGAAGGCAGGAAUGGGAGGAAGGCGGCCAAGACGACGGCAAUAACAACAAAAACAACAAUGCGUAAAGGAGGUGCGGGCACGACAAGAUACUAUGAAGUGCCCGAUUUAAUUAAUCGAAAUAUUGAUGAAGACAAUGCGCGGCAGGGUACGGAUGUUGCCCAACGACAGGAGCUUGAUGAUGACAACGAUGAUGAUGCUGAUGAUGCUGACUUAGAUGAUGAUAACGUUGAUGUGGGCCGAGAUGAGGGCACUGUCUUUAUGCCAGACUUUGAGGCCAGCAAUGGGUAUGCGCCCAAAGCAACAGCAACAACAAUAGCAAAAGCAGGCACAACAGCUGCAGGCGCGGAAAAUUGGCAAAGGCUGGGCACACUUGACAAGGCAACCAGCAAGACGACAGCGGCUAACAUUGGAUCCAUAACAAAAACAACAACUGCUGCUACAAGCAGCACAACAACAACAACAACAACAACAACAAAAACAACAAUAUCGACCACAACAACUACAGCAACAACAACCACACCAGCAGCAGGAGAAGCAGAAGCCACAACAAGCACAACCGCACCACCAAUUAUAGCCAAGCAGCAGCAACAAUUGCACCAACACCAACAUCACAACAAGGGCAGUCGAAAACACCACAAACACCACCACAAGCAGCGACAACAACAACCGCGUCGCCACCACGUUGCUGCACAUGAACAAACGCUGGUGGAGAGCUACGGCGAGGAGGAGACCACGACACGGGACAGCAGUAUUCAUCGCGUGCGCACGGAAAUGCUGCCAGAGAUUAUAAUACCCUCGACGCCAGUGUCCAGCAAUUCCAAGAUAAUUGCCAUCAAACCCAAAACGCAGAAGCGUCGCAUUGUCAAGCGCGCAGCGAGCAAAUCAGGCGUGGAUAUCGAACCGGAGUAUUUGUUGGGCGAUGCGGCCGUCAGCUCCAGCGAGUUUAUAGCCAAGUCCAGCAGCGAGCAGCAGCAUGAGCAGCAGGAGCAGGAGCAGCUGGAUGAGGAUCUGGAUCUCGAUCUGGAGGAUGCCGAAUUCCAAGCGCUGCCUGCUGUCACGCCAGCAGUAGCUCCCACUGGUAGCAGCAGCAGCAGCAAUGAUUUUGUGCGUCUCGAUGGCUUUGCGGGCAUGUUGCAGCUGUUUUUUGGCAUCGACAAGCCCAUCGAUGUGGCCAUCUUUUCCCAGCCGCCCAGCGCGGAGUUUGUGAACCUCUUGUGCGCCUUGCUUGUCUGGUCAGUGCGUUAUCCGGCCGUAUUCUGGAACACGUCCAAGUCGUUUGCCUGCGUCUUUAGCCUGCAAAUGAUUGUCGCCGCUUUGGACACUAUACUUGGUUAUGUGGGCGUCUCGAAUCUCUACAAGCUGCAGAUAUAUGCGGAGGCCAUGCCCGUGCAUCAGCCGGGACUCAUACUGAAUGCCACUGUCACGCUGGCGCUCUAUUUGCUGGCCACGGCGCUCGUGUUGGCCUCCUCAAUGGUCAUGUAUUUGUAUGGACACGGUCGGCUGGCCACACGCAUGAGAGAUCGCUCCAUUAUCACGCUUAAGACCAGCCAAACCUGGAUCUAUUUUGCUCAUUGCGCAUCCUUGUGCUUUGUGUUGGCCUUGGCUGUAGUCAAGGCGCCGCUGUUGAAUGAUCUCAGCGCCACCUACAAGAACAAUUUGCAUUGUCCAACUUUUUUGGCAGCGCUCGUUGGCGUCACACAUCUGCUGCUGUGGAUUGUCGUCUGGCUUUGUCUGACCAUCAAGAGGCGCUGGCACUUUAAGCUGCCACCGUUGGAUCACACCUAUGGCGGGCUGUUGAAUAAGGCCAGCGCUCAGCCGUUGCUCAUGUCCAGCGGGCAACGUACGGGCAGUAACUCAAGCAGCGGCGCCAACUCAACGAGCACAACGGUCAAUGGUAUCGACUCCUCCAAACCGGAUAUGAUGAGCACGGCCACAAGCACGGAAUUGGCUGGCAUGGGACUGGUGGCACAGGAAGAUAUCUAUUGGCCAAAGCUGACGCCCAGCUCGCCCAAGCUGAAGGUCACCUUCAAUGAAGUUACGAGUACGUCUGAUGAUGUCCUACUAAUUGGUGACCAAGAACAAACUGAUGGCAAGCGCCAUACGAGCCGUGGAACCGCGCUAUGUUUUGCCAGUUCUGCGGGGGAAAUUGACGACGGCGAGUACGCGACAUUAAGGGCGGCCACCGCCGGCGGCGUUGUGGGCAUCACCAUGGGCAGCAUAAAAAGCAGCAUUGCAGUGAGCAUGGGCGGCGGGGUCGGUGGCGCAGGUAGCAGCAGCAUUAUCAGCGGCCUGCUGCAUCUAAGCGAAUAUGACGAGUUGCCACCGCCGCCAUCUGUCAGCCAUCAGCAACCACUAGCCCAUGGGCACACCCACGACUAUGCGAAUCUGAGCGGGCUGGGCGGCAUCAGUGAUGACAACAUCUCCGAGGAGGGCAAGCUGCUGGCCUGUGUGCGGGAUGAUAGCAUCACAUAUGCAUCCACACGCGAUCUGGAGCCGCCCCAGCCGGCAACACCACCGCCGCCGCCACCGUUGCCCGUCAAAGGUGCGCCCAUGCCACAGCCGCCCAGCGUGCAGCAUCCACAUGCCCUCUACGGACGCGCGCCCCAGGCCAUGCCCGAGAUCAUGCAAAUUUCUCCCGAACAUCACAAAUCACAGCCGAAGCCACAGCAGCAGCAGCAACAGCAGCCACACCACCCGGCGCUCCAUCAUCCAUUACAGCAACAUCCGCAUCCACAUCCACAUCCGCAUCCGCUUCAGCAGCAUCAUCUAGUCAGCCCACUGGCUCCGGUCACGGUCGCCGUGCACACCAACGAGGCGCAUAUCGCCUCCAGCUCCACACCCCGCUGCCUACGGCGCGCCGACUCCGGCGUGCCAAAUGAGGCGCUUACGCCACGCAGCGACACCAAUUCGAUCACGGAGAGUACCAAUACCACAUCGCCACCGGAGCGUGCCCCCUCCGAGUCAUCCAGUGGCGUGCACUCGGGCGAGGAGCGUGAACUGGAAGUUAUUAUACGGCCGCGCGUCAGCUGCAAGGCACCGCCACGCCCGCCACAGCCGCCCAUACAGGAGGAGCCCUACGGCCGCUGCACCAACAUGCGCAUGUCCAGCUUCAAUGCUGACCCCGUAGCCGCUGCCAGUGUUAUGAACAGCGCCACAUUACCACUGCAGCGCAGCGCACCCGAGCAGAAGUUCGACUAUACGGCCCACUGCAGCACUAUGCCCCUGCCGGCGGGCUGUCACAGCCAGCAGCUCGCCAACGGCGGCGGGAGCAAUAACAACAACGGCGGCUAUGCCUCCACCUCGGCCAUGACCAGCUCCAUGGGGCCGCCGCCGCCGCCCUCGCAGGUGUCCAGCUUCAAGACGCCCAGCAUGCAUUAUGCCAAUGCAGCCGUGGCACUGGGCUCAUCCUCGAACGUGCCGCACACAACGUUGCCCAAUGGCGUGCGCUACUCCAAUCCGCAUUUUUUGCGCCGUCUGCCGCACGUGAGCAAAGCUGCCGAAUCGCCAUAUGGACACCUCGGCUAUGGGGCCGCACAUCACGCUUUUAGCAAGCUGCCGCACGAGACGCAUCCGACCAUACCCGAGGAUCGGGAUUCAGCCAACUAUUCCAUGGCCUCGGAUCAGGACUGUGGUCUCUAUGUGACGGCUCAGCUGCACUAAGCCCGCGGCGGGGUUCAAUUUUAAAUGACAGCUACAGCACUUUAGUAUCGUAAUAUCGCAAAAAAGCAAGCUUAAGAAUAUGUGUACGUUAAUCCUAAGUGUAUAGAAGCCUCAAAUCUUAAAUCUUCCACACGCACUUCAUCAGUUUGCUGGACAUCAUCAGAGUUGAGUUUGUAAGCCAGAUAUAUGUAUAUCAAAGGGGUUCCCUUUUCGAAUCCCUAACUGCAUUCAUAUUUCAGCCCUGAUGAUGUGUAGAGACUUUUUACCAGAAGUAAACCUCGUAGGUCCCGAAGCUUAUAUGUAUAUGAUUUGCAUAAAUAAUAAACCGUGUAGCACAAAUACCCACGCCCCAAACAACUAACGCCCCACGCAUAAGGUU